AUGGCGGCGGAGGAGGAGGAGGCCGCGCUGCCGCCCCAGAAGCGCUUCUACCGGCAGCGCGCGCACUCGAACCCGCUGGCCGACCACACCCUGCGCUACCCCCCCCGCCCUCAGGACAUGGACUGGGCCUCGCUGUUCCCGAGCUUUUUUCCGCCCGACGCCCCCCCCGGGACCCCCCCGGCCCGCGUGGAGUUCGCAGACGUGGGGUGCGGCUACGGGGGGCUGCUGGUGGCGCUGGCCGAGCGCUUCCCGCAGACGCUGUCGCUGGGGCUGGAGCUGCGGGGGAAGGUGGCCGCGUUCACCCGCGCCAGGAUCCGGGCGCUGCGGGCGGCUCAGCCCGGCCGCUUCGGCAACGUGGCCUGUGUGAGAGGCAACGCCAUGAAACACCUGCCUCACUUCUUCCACCGAGCCCAGCUCUCCAAGCUGUUUUUCCUGUUCCCUGAUCCCCAUUUCAAGCGCACGAAGCACAAGUGGAGAAUCAUCAGCCCCGCCAUGCUGGCGGAGUACGGCUACGUGCUGCGCCCCGGGGGUCUGGUGUACACGGUGACAGACGUGCCUGAGCUGCAUCAGUGGAUGCUGCAGCAUUUUGGGGAGCACCCCCUGUUUGAGCCCCUGCCCCCUGCCCAGCUGGCCGCGGACCCGCUGGUGCCGCUGCUGCCGUCGGUGACGGAGGAGGGACAGAGGGCCCGGCGUGCGGGACGCCCCCCCUGCACCGCCGUGUUCCGCCGCCGCCCCGACCCCCCCCCGGGGGGACCCUGA